AUGAAGCUUACGAGCGAGGCGCCGCGAGCCAUCAAGCUUGAAGUUCCGAAGAAUGGUAAUGAUUCUAAACCUCAAAGUCAGUGGACAACCAAGGAGAAAAAGGUGUUGGAUACUCACUUGAAGGCUUUCGUGCGGUGGGAGGUCAACUACGAAGAAGCCGCUGUCCGCGCGACAGUUUGCAAACGGCUCACUGAGAACUGGUCCGGCAUAUGCAACGCAUGCUCUCGUAUCGCGAAGGACGAGUCACUCAAGGAUGCCGUUUAUAGGAAAGAGUGUGAAGCGCAGCUGUCGCGUGACGAACAGCACAAAAUCAACCUUCUGCGUGACAAAUACGCGCCCACAACGUUCCGCAGCAUCGAAGACCGGGCUCUUCAAGGUCUGCUCAAAGACCCUAUGCUCUCGAACCUAUUUUAUCACGCCGAGCGCGACGAUUCGGCCUCUUGCUCCCUACAACUUUAUAAAACUCUCGUCUCUAAUUCUAAAGAUGUCCUUCAAAAUCCGGACCUUGUCUUUGAGAACAUCGCGCGAGUCAAGCGAUUUGCGGAUCACCGUCAAUACACUGGACCCAUUGCGUUCGCAGGUGAUUGCACCAAGGUGCGGCCACGGUUGGCCUACUCCAGUCACUUCGGUGGAUACAUUCUCGGGUCUACUCUUCCGCUGGACGAGUGCAAGAUAAAGCACUCUGAUGACAUUGACCGACUCGUUCAACGCGCCAAGGCCGAAAAGGCAAUUGCAAGUCAAGUUCGUGUCAUUAUGUCCAAGCUUCCAUUGCCGGAUGCACCACCAUUGGCUGUUGCGAUGCUAUCAACGACCGGAAAGGAUAACUCCCGACAAAUCCACAACCAUCACAUGCUCAUCCUUCAGAUGGCCGCACAGCUCGACAUGAAGGUGAUAUCAUUCGCGGCUGAUGGCACCGCUUUGGAGCUGGCCGCACUUUCACUUAUGGAUGCCGAAUCAUCCCCGAUCCCCCCUGUCAUCUACGACCAUCCGGCAUCUGGCUUCUCGCAUGGCACUCAUACAGCAAGUCUCGGCGUUGGAUACCUUGUCAACCGCUCGCUCGUGGAACUCUACGAAACUGGUAAUGGGGGAUUGGUCCAGUCCGAUGUCAAGAAUGUCGACAAAAAGGACGAUGGUGCCGCACGGCGCUUGUUUCAUCACAACGCCCUGCACGCUACGACAUAUUGUGACCCGGCAAAUGGUGAACUCAUUGAUGCAUGGAUUAAUCGGAAACUCGACAUCGAGUCACACCUUCAAGGAGCGUUUCGCGCUCGGUUCUUCCUGCGCAUCUGGCGGUCGCAUAUCGUGCAUCUCACAAAAAAAUACCCAGACCUUUACUCGACAACGCGCUCUUUCAUCUCCCCGCCAUGCUUCAAGAUCCUGAAUCGUCUCUGUGACAGUCUCAUUGCUCUUGCGAUUGUGUAUGCCGAGUACUACCCGCACAUCCCAUUUUGCCCAUGGCUUCUCAGCACCGAGUUUGUCGAGCAUUUCUUUGGUCUCGCUCGGACCAUGCUUCCCAAUUUCACCUUCUCGCAGCUUCUCGCUCUCGUGAAGCACGUUAUGCUACGCCAGCAAAUUUUACUCUCAGGCCAGUUCAACGAAAAAAAGGAGCGGACCUUCCGUGCAGGGUACAUCUUUGACUUCGACAACUCACCACUCACCCCUAAGGAGCUUACUCAGGCGUGCAGUCGCAUCACCAGAUAG